AUGGAAAAUCACUUGACAAGUUCCCGCUACAAAUUACUAGCCAUCACUUUGUGUCUAAUCUUGCUCCGUGCGCACGUUAGCACCUCAUCGGCCGUCGUGGACCGAGGACGAGGCAAAUGGCGGCUCCUCCUCCACAACACCGGCGUGGUGGCAAUGCACAUGACCCUCACUCACCACAACACAGUCAUCAUAUUGGACCACACCGGCUCCGGCCCGUCUGCCUACCAACUACGAGGCCGGUCCAACGGGCCCCUUUGCCAGGUCACUCAGACGGCCGACCCAUCUUGCUACGCUCACUCGGUCGAGUACAACGUGGCGCAAAACAAAAUCCGGCCACUCGACAUCCGGACCGACACAUGGAGCUCGUCCGGGUCCAUGAUGAGCAACGGGACCCUCGUCCAAACGGGCGGGUUUGGAUCUGGUUCACGAAAGAUACGGUAUUUCGAGCCGUGCGGAGAUGGAAAAUGCGAUUGGAGGGAACCGACAAGGUCGUUCUUGGCGGACGAGAGAUGGUACUCGUCCAGUUUAAGACUCCCAGAAAAAGACGAUCAGGUGAUCGUCUUAGGCGGGAGGAACGCCUUUUCGUACGAAUUCGUCCCUAAGUCGACGUCUCGUGAGGAGAAAUUUUUUGAACUACCUUUCUUGCGAAAAACUUGGGAAAAAAAAGAGGGAGGUAACAACUUGUACCCGUUUCUCCACCUCUCGUCCGACGGGCAUUUGUUCGUUUUCGCCAACCGGGACUCUAUACUUUUUAAUUAUAAGAGAAACACAAUUGUUAAGCAUUUUCCGAGGAUUCCGGGGAAGGGUUCGAGGAGCCACCCGAGCGGUGGCUCGUCGGUGAUUCUCCCAUUGGGUCACGAGGAUGGGUUUCGGAAAGUGGAGGUUAUGAUCUGUGGAGGGGCUGCUGACAGGGCAUUCGAGGCAGCUAGUCGGGAUCGGUUCUUGAAGGGAUCGAGCUCGUGUGGGAGGAUGGUCAUCACAGGACAUCAUCACAACUGGAAAAUGGAGAACAUGCCAGAGCCCCGCCUAAUGAACGAUAUGAUCAUUUUACCGACCGGACAUUUACUCAUUAUAAACGGUGCCAAGAACGGCUCGGCCGGGUUGAAUUCUGCUUCAGACCCGUCUACUCAGCCGUAUCUCUACAAGCCGAAAAAAUCGCGCGGGAAAAGAUUUUCUGUACUCAAAGGAACUAAAAUCGCGCGAAUGUACCAUUCAUCGGCUGUGUUAUUGCCAGAUGGAAGGGUUCUUGUGGCCGGCAGCAACCCAAACGAAAGGUACAUUUACAGAAAUGUCCCUCACCCGACCGAGCUACGAUUACAAGCCUUUACGCCGACUCACAUGGAGAAAAAGUUCGACAACAAAAGGCCACACAACGUGUCUGUAUACUACACGAAUGGGACCACGAACCGAAGUGCGGCUUAUGGGGAAGAAUUCGAAGUGGAGUUUGGGGUGAGGAGAAGUAAGGAGAAAAUGAGAGUGAAGGAUUUGGUUUUCACAGCUUAUGCACCUCCAUUCAACACUCAUUCACUUUCAAUGAAUCAGAGGAUGCUGAGAUUGAAGUGCAACAGUGUGGAGAGGAGUAGUAAGAAUGGUGGGUGGAGGGCAGUUUUGGAAGUCCCAAAGUCUCCAAAUGUGGCUCCUGCAGGUUAUUACAUGCUGAGUGUUGUUAGAAAUGGGAUACCUAGUGAAGCCCAAUGGGUCAGGUUUAUGCAUGCUUGA